ACGCGCCGCAGGGAGGUCGGACGAUUUCCUCUCGUCGUCGUCGUCGUCGUCGUCAUCGUCGUUGUCGUCGUCAUCCUUGUCAACUUCAUCGUUCUCGUUAUCGUCGUCGUCGAUAGUUCGGUCGGGCGCAGUCCGCCGCAGGACCGUCGACAAAUAUGCGGAAAGUGUGGUCGAAGGGUGUCUGAAGAUGCAGCCACGGCCGGCCCCUUCGUGCGGGACGAAAAUCAAGUCGCGUCCUCGUCCUCGCGCCGCUCCACGCCGUCGUCCUCGCGACGUCGGGACGUCGUUACCGCUCGCUGACCCGCGAAUCGGUCCCCCGGGACCCGAAACCGCCAAGGGAUGCUCGCGGAAAUGGUCCGGCUCUCCUACCAGCACAGGGCGUUCUACUGCUACGUGAUUCUGAGCGUGUGGAUCUUCCUGCUGGUCGCUGGUAUGUACAAGUACAUCGGCGUAGAUGAGAAAACCUCGGUGCAAACGAGAAUUCCAAACAAUGAUUUGUCGCUGCGAGAAUUCCCGAGGAACUUAAAAUCGGACGCGAAGACAAAGAAGAUCUUUCGCUUCUGCAAUUUGCCGCACGAGAUAACUGCGGAUACCGAAGGAAAGCUCGAUGGCAACUUGACGCUGAGCGGCAUCCUGAUCUUCGUCCGUCACGGCGACCGGGGUCCUUUGACGCACAUAAGGAACAUCAGCAGCAUCAAUUGCGGCGGCGAGCUCGGUAGCGCGACCGACCUGGAGACGAUCUACGAGAAUUACGUGAGCUUCGUGCAGAACGCGUCGAGCUACUCGAGGGCCGCUUGGGCCCAGUUCCUGGGCCCGUUCCACGGCCUCCCGAUAUUGCCGGCGAACGCGCGCGACUGCAGGAUCGGCCAGCUGACCACCCUCGGCAUUCUGCAGCUGCUGAAGACCGGGGUCGCGCUGAGGAACGCCUACUACCACAGGCUCAAUCUCGGCAAUGGCACCUCCUUCGGCAAGGACGUCAUCGUCUACAGCACCUCGUACCGCAGGACUGUGCAGAGCGCGGUCGCGCUGCUGUAUGCGCUUUUCGAGAACGACAGCUUCCAAAGUCUGGCGAGGAUCAGCCUGCAGGAGAGCCAGAGCUACGCGUUCUGCAGCAACGAGUGCGCCUGUCCCGCCGCCGAGAAGUUCCUCAAGCAGCACUUGAAGGAGACCUCCAACCAUCUAAAAUCCCAUCCGGCCGUCGGGGAACUGAUCAAGCAGGCGGCAAGCGCCGUGUUUGAGCUCCCGGAUCAAGCCCAAACGUGCGAUCCGAAUACGCUAAGGGACGCUCUGUUAACGUACGUGUGUCACGGCGCCUCGCUGCCGUGUGCGGACCUCGACACGCAGCGCACGUGUGUGAAGAGCGACCACGUUACCGGGCUGUUCGCCUACACGGACUGGGAGUCGAAGCAGGUCGCCAAGAGCAGCAGCCGCAAUAAGUACGGGCUGCUGAAGGCUUACGGGAUGUUGCGCGGCAUCGUCACCUUCAUGCUGCGCAUCAUCUCCGAGGCCAGGCCCAAGAUCGUCCUCUAUUCCGGCCACGACAAGACCCUGGAGUACCUCGCUACCGCGCUCGGCAUCGUCUCGGACGUGGCGACUCACUACGCCUCGAGGCUCGUCAUCGAGGUCUACAAGAUCAACUCGCGAAACGACAACCGCCUCGCCAGCGACUUCUACUUCCGCAUCGUCGCCAACGGUCGGGAUCUCACGCCGAGAGUCCCGUUCUGCAGGAACGCAAACACCUACGUCAGCGACGACGGGGAACCGAUGGGCAAGAAAGGCGUCAAGCUCUGCCCGAUAGAGAACAUUGUCAGGCAGCUGCACGACGAUUAUUUCGUGCCGUUUAACGCGACGAACUUUAAAGACGCUUGUUCGAGCCACAAGAUUCGCUAAAGUUAAGACAGACAUACUUAACUAAAGUAAAAUCGAUCGUGGGAAAAUAGGCGAGUUAAAAGGAAUCGAGAAAGACUCAUCUUCGGCGAUAGCAAAUAUUUUGUCCUUAAAAUUAGAAUCUUAAGACUUUAGCACUCUUUAGACUUUUACAUCUUUUUAUCGUGAAUACAGUGACUGUUUAACCGCGCUAUAUUCAUAUGUAUUAAACACGAAAUAAAAGAAAAAUGACUUUAUACAAUAUAACUUUAGGCAUUAUAGUCUCCUCUUAUAUAAACGAAAUGGCUGUGCGCCAGAAUAAAAAUAGAUAAAAGCGAAAAGGAACAGAAAGCAUUUGCCACAUAGAGUCAAUUUCUUAUUAUAGAGAUCAGAAUUUCGACAAGGAUGAAUUUUUAUCAAUUCUUUUUAAUUCACCUACUUCUCGAAUAACAAGUAGAUAUAUCGAGCGGAUCAAGAUCCGCGGUUCAAGAACAAGUUUUCCAACUUACAAUUUAUAGAUAAAUAAGUAAUGUGAAAGUAAUUAAUACUAACGUACGAAAUACGUCUGAAGUGAACUGAUCCUUCAAUUUUCGUAGUAAAUUUCUCUUAUGCGGUAUAAACCACUUAAAACAUAAUUUUCUCACCUAAUAAGAAAGUAUUUUGAUUCUAUCAGAAAUGAUCAAAUAGAUAUAAGAUAUUUGUUCUUUUCACAUUCAGAACAAGUCUAGUUCACAUUUUUUUUACAUCUCGCUAUAUCGACGCACAGUUAAAAAAA